AACCCUUUUACCAUAUUUGGUAAGCGGCAAAUUCGAAUUUCACUCAGGAAGAAUGUCGGAAAACGAAAUAACAUCUUUGUGAAUCCGCGUAAAAAUAUGCCACGAAAACACGGUCUAAUCAAAACCUAUGGCCGACAUAAGUUCCGUGCUGUCAAAACGGAGCUCUGGACUUCACCUGAGGACAGCAUUUGCUCUCCAGUUUCAAAGAAAGAUCGGAAAUCUUUGGAUUCUAGUCCAACGAUUUUUGCUCCAAACUCAUGUUGGAAAAAAACUGUUAAUACUAAAAUUGCGAGGGCCGAAUCAUCUGAAUCGAAUACACAUUCUAAGCAACUCGUCUACACAAAUGGCAAGGAAAACACAACAGACUCUUUUGCCAUUUCCUCAUCCAAGCUUGCAAAUAGAAAAAGUAGGAAUCCUCUACAAGAUAAAGACUUCAAUUCCUUAAAGGACUCUAGGAUAAAUGGCCUUUCCGUUGAUAGUGACCUUGCGAGUAAUGAUGGAGAGGUUUGGUUUUCUGAGCUUGAUAUUUCAAAGGAUUUGUCAAUGGUUUUAUCGUGUUAUGGCAAGAGUACCGGCAUUAGUAACAGCGUGGUUAAUGAUUCCUUGGAUGGAAGUAGUCAACUGAAAACAAGCUCACGAUUGAGUAACUGUUAUGUCAUACCUGAAUCUCCAGGAAUUGUAAAAGGCACUGCGUCUUCGGCUGGUAAUACAAGACGAGAAGACAAGUCGCUCAGUUUUAUUAAGGACAGAAAGAGUUUGGAAUCACCUUUGAUAUUCCCACAAGUUAAACUGGGUGACAUAUCUACUAGUCCAAAAGCUGUUCCAAAUGAGACCUCUACGCCAAUCAUCCGAGCUAACUCACGCAAUUGUCAGUUUGUAACUAGCCGAGGGAGAAGAAAGAACACUACAAGAAAGCCCCCGAAGAAUUCUGACUCCUGGUCUGAAUGUCAGGUGUUGCUUCAACCUGUAAAGAUUACGCCAUCACAAUUUGAAGCCGCAAGAAGACUUAGCCAAAAGAGUUCUACUUCAAGCUCUAAGAUUGGGGAAUCAGUCACUAACAACUCAUCCAUAGAUAGUUUAAACAGUCAAGAAAAAAUAAGUGACCAUUCAUUUUUAAGCCAGUCACCCCUGUCUGAUUCUGGCUCUGUACAUGGCUCUAGUAUUGAGAGCGAUGUCUCUACACAUGAAAUUGAUUCGAACGCAGAAAAUCUAGCCAUAGCGGACAAGGAAAAUCUGCAUAAGGGGAGUGGAGAUAAUUUGUCUGCACUAGAAGAAAUCAUAUUGAAAUCAGAGAAUGAGUUUCCACUCAUAGGAAGGACAGGCUCUGGAAGCAGCAUAAGUAAAUACACUGGUCCACUCAUGGAGUGUGUUGUAUCACUAGAAAAGCUACAACUGGAUGAUGAAUGUCUUAGUUCUGUAGCAAGAAGGUUGUCAACUGAGAGUACUGCAUCUACUACUGAUUCAAGUGUUGCUAGCUUGCCGCCUGGAACACCGCCAAAGAACCAGAAAUCCCAUUUAUCACUCUUGGAUGCCCUUACACCAUGUGGCACCUGGAAAGAGCCUGCCGAGAAAGUCCAGCAAAACCAGCUUUCUCCUUAUGAAAAGAUUCUUCUUGAAUGCGAACAGGAGGAGCCCGUGACGUUUGCAUCAUACUUCGAGUCUAGCAUUCUAAAAAAGUGUGUCAAAAUUGGGGAAGGUGUCUAUGGCGAGGUGUUUAAGACCACAAAUGCCUUUAAACAAUCAAUCGCACUUAAGAUAGUUCCUAUAAAUGGUGACAUUCCAGUAAAUGGGGAGCCACAGAAAUCAUAUGAAGAAAUUAUGCCAGAAAUAGUUAUCUCUAAGGAGCUAAGUGCUUUGAAUAACACUUCAGAGAUGGAAUUUGCUGAGAACUCCACGCCAAAUUUCAUAGAUGUCCAUAGGGUGAGCCUCGUGAGGGACCGCUAUCCGCCUCAACUUCUGAAAGAGUGGGACAGAUGGGACAAGAAGCACGAAUCAGAAAACGAUCGUCCAGAUUACUUCCCCGAUGACCAGUAUUUCAUCAUCUUCGAGUACGCCAACGGGGGCGAGGACCUGGAGCGCUUCCGCUUCCGGUCUCUACCGGAAGCAGUCAGCGUUUUGCAUCAGAUCGCGGUCUCGCUCGCCGUGGCGGAACGCGCGCUGCAGUUUGAGCACCGCGAUCUUCACUGGGGUAACGUGCUGAUAGCCCGCAAGGCGGAGAAGCAACUCGUCUACAUGCUGGACGGGGAGAGAUGGACUGUGGAGUCUCGUGGUUUGUGCGUCAGUCUUAUCGACUUUACCUUGUCCAGGCUUCGAAAAGAGGGCGUGACAGUGUUUUGCGAUUUAUCAGAAGACGAGUCGAUGUUUACGGGUCAAGGAGAUUACCAGUUUGACAUCUAUCGCAAGAUGAGGGUCCAUAAUAGGGACGACUGGGCAGCCUAUAAACCGUACUCAAAUGUACUUUGGUUGCACUACCUAACUGACAAGAUCCUAAAUAAUAAGGAAUACCCUAACAGGAAUAAAACACUUGAGAAAAAGCUGAAGUGUGUUCAACAAACUCUCACAGAUUACCAGUCAGCUCAAGAGGUAGUUCAUGACGGCGUAUUUGACUUGGAAUAAUCCACCAAUAAGGAAGGGUCAUAGGGUUUGUCAUGACCAUUGCAAAAUAGUAUCAAGUAAGCUUAUGUAAGCGCUACAGAAUCCAGCUGGCCUGUCACCAGUCACCUCAAAAGGUAGUUUUAACUACUUUGUAUCUAACCUGGAAUAAUCCAAAGUGUCUUAUAGCAUGUGGAAGAAAUGCCAAGUAAAGGAGUAAGCAAUAGUUUUUGAGACAAGCUGGUAAAUUAGUGAAGUUUUGCAAUUGGGGCAAUUCUCAAACAUUGUUUAUAGCGUAAUAUAAUUUAAAAGAAUGAAGUAGUCCAUGGUGCGAAAUCAAUAGGAACAAUAGGCCAAUUUUGUACAUAGUGUUCACCUUUGCAUAAUAUACAUGGCAAAAUUUUAUAGAAACAGACACAUUAUUUGUGUCUCAAAAAUGGCUGUAAAUGGUUUGGAAGGAAAACAGUUGAAAUAUACCAGAGUCCAUUUCA